AUGAACUUUGAAUUUUACGGCUUCCAGUUGACAUGCAUGAUUCGCCGCCGGACGCGAGCUGAGGAGGGUCCGCGAGGCAGUCACGCUCGCCGACGCCGCCGCCGCCGCUGUCCGUGGCUGCCGUGGGUGACCGCCUGCGCCAGGGUCCGGGCUGCGGCCCUCGCGCCGCCCCGCCGUCGCACCUGUCCGUGCCGUCGCCCGCCGCCCGCUGCCACCGCUCGUCGACACCACCGCCGUCCGUCGUCUGCACGCCACCAAAUAACUGCAGUGUCUCUCGUCUUCACCUUCGACGCCGACAACCCGCAACGCAUCUAUACUGAGGGGAUUACUGUCAGCACAACUCGUACCGUCAGGAUGGUUUCCGCCUUGUCCGGCCUAGCACCCAGAGGGCCUCCCGGUAACCAGCUAGAAGGUGCAGAAGAGAACAACGGGGGUCGCUCCAGGCAUGCAUCUCUUCCUGCAGCCGUCGCAACUUCGCCAGCCAAUAGGAAAAUUGUAACCUUCUUCCACGCAGGUAUUUCACCUCGCGUGGAGCCAGCUAGAACCAGAUCUAUCUUCACUAGCCAGUGAGAGAUGUACCAUGAUCUUUUUUACGCCACUUCUUAUCUGACGCCACCUUCCCCACCCAGGCGGUUGCGCUCCCGCGACUUAUUCUCCUAGGCUUCGCCAUGAACAAGUCGUCCUGCUCGUGAUACAGAACUCGGAAUACGUAUAUUGUUUUGGAGAUAGGCUUUUCAUUGGCAAAGAGAACGUAAUCUACGCUCUCAAGAAUGUAUUUUUGUUCCAUUGAAAAACAGUUACUUGCGACGAACGUUUUCUUAAAAUUACUAAGAAGGACUGCUGGAGAAUAUUUAUUUUCUUUUGGGUACUGCAUCAGAAGCAGCAGACAGUUUGUGUUCGAAGUUUACUUAUUCAAAUAAACAAUGUUUAAUUACACCUAUUUGUGAUCUUGUGGAAGUAUUCCGAGGCCGGAAUACUUCAUGCAAUCUAUCUAUUCUCGUGGUACCAGUUGCUUAAUCGUGUGUUGUGAUUCCUCUUCCAGUGUUUACUACAUUUCCUUCCAUAAUGUCAUUGAAAGCAUGAUUUCGUGUGACGAAGUGCAUAAAUAUCAACAUGUAAUUGUGAAAUUAGAUAAUCAUAUAAUCCCUAGAAUUCCGUAUAUCGGACAGCAUCUUAAGAUUCGAUGCCCAUGAAACCAUGCACACAUUUGUUGAAUUAAAAUUAGUAGCACCGUAGGGCCAAUUGAAUUUUACUCUGUAUCAUUCAGUGUCGAACAUGUAGAUCAGAAAUCCUAAUAAAUUCUAGGAAACCAGUGUUGAGGCGUAGCGCCUUACAUCCUGCCUGUUGAGAUCGUAACAGCAGUAUUAGAAGUGGAGAAUGAGUCAGGCGCAGGGCAUGUGGUGUAAGGUGCCUGAGUGUUUGUAACUUCUAUGCGAUCUUGUACAGAUCACUACCUGACAGACACUGAGCUGCAGUCAGAACACUGUCAUUCUAUUUGCAGUUCUGCUUUUUUUUUUUAAUUUUCAAGAACGUUUAUUAAUUAUUAAUUCCUAUCAUAACUGUGCUUAGUUAAGAAAGUGAAAGAAGGUUUAAACGUGAAACAAUGUUUUAUGCAGAGUUUACCUAUAUAAUGUUCGAGAAUGACGUGUUUGUUGGUCAUUCGCGUCAGGAAAUUUGUUAUUAAUUAUUUCCGCAGUUUAUGGUACUGGGAAAGUGAGAUUAUGAUUUUGGUAAUGUAGAUUUGUUAAGAGGGAGUUAAUUUUAUGUGUGUUGGGUUUCAAAAUUACAUAUGUUAAUUCACUGUUCUGAUUCAGUGACAAAUCUUGGUUGGUUCUGUAUAUUUGGGCGGGACUGGGCGGGUCUGAUUCUGCUCUCCGGUUGUUUGUGAUGUUUCUCUGCCAAUCAGAAAUUAGUACAUUCCCGCGUAUUUUGGGAAGUAAGAACUUCUUUUGUGGAGAGAGAAGAGUGGAUUUGGGGCUUGGAUAUCAUAGUGAUCAAACAUAUUGAUAGGUGCUCCCAUGAAAAUUAUUAAUACAGAGAUAUUUCGGUACCAAAACGUUCAAUAAGUGCUGUUAAGUGUGGAAGAGAGUUCGAUUUUACGGCCAGUGUGGGAUUCUAAACUUUUUGUGACAUUUCGAAUAACUUAAUUCCGCGUGUCGUGUUGCUUACUCGCAAACGUGAACAUUUUGUUACUUGAGACUGAUUAGAGUAACAUUUCAGCGAGCUGUUCUAAAAGAAACAAUCCAUUUGCAACCUUUCGCUGAAUGGUAAUUAAUAAUUACCGUCAACUAGCUACGGUUGCAAGCUUACUACUUUCUUUUGCAAUCUGGACUUUAAUAGAAAUGGCAAGGCACUGUUAUUAAGACCACAGGGAUAAGUUAAGAUCUAAAUGACAAUUGAUCUAUUCAUUCUUAACAUCACAAGACAAAAAAGUGACUAAAGAACCAUCACACAAAGAUUUUCAUUUGAAAAACUUUCACUAACAUCGGGUCUAUGGUGGACAAAGUGAUUAGCUGGCGAUAGACACAAGACACUAACCAGAACACUAAUCGCACUAUUUGACUUCAUACACGUGAAUCCGGGUUAUGACACAAAAACUACAGCACCAUGAAGCAUCUAUACUCUACCAUUCGAAAAAAAGAAAAAUAUGGUUGGAAAACACAGGGUGCUGAGAAACAUACAUUGGAGCCCUAGGCCCUGGCAGUGAAUACUUUACCCUCGUGCUGGUCAGGGCGGCACACCACGAUGCGUUCGGCGACUGAGGUCAUGGGUGGCUGCAAUCGGUUAUUAAUGGUGCGUGCCCAAAAGAUGCAAGUAUGUGGUCUCGUGUUAGGUUAAUUUGGAACGCAGUUACUUUCCUAUGAGCCUCUGAAACCCUGGUGGAUCCCAGUGUGCAUGUGGACCAGUUUGCUCGUCUUCCAAACCAAUCUGAGUCUGUGGCACGACUAUGCGUGACGGAAUGUGCCAAACGUUUGGACGGCUCAGCCAAGACAAAUAAGUAUACCCAUGCGUCACUCGUUGUGAGCAUGAUGCUAGAAACAGUACCUCUGAUGGUUCAGAAUGUGAGUGGCACAGGCUCUUACUGGCACACUAGCAAAGGACACGAGUAUCAUCGUUUAGGUAGAGACCUGCAGUUUUUACUACUGAAGUGCUGGUACCAUAGUGAUCUUCUCUUUCUGUCCGCAUUCCUCCUCAGCUCGAUAGCAAAAGUCCAUUUACAUCUUAGACUACCCCACUUUAUCACAAGCCAAUCACGAGAUGAGGUGUGGCAUUCGAAGUUCGGAGAGCGCCCGUUGCUCUACAUACAAGGAUUUGACCCAUCAGAGACCUUAAAGUUGAAUGAGGAAAUAGGAAAAGUGAUUCAGCUUCGCGGGCUCUUUCCCACGCGUUUACGACAGUAUUAUGCUAACAACAUGGCAAGGAUGUAACCACAGCCAUCCAUAAAAAGCAUGUUAUCUCCUCUGGUGCGUCAAUUUCGAAGUUUCCAAAGAACGGCCAUAAACUCUAUAAAAGCCUCAUGCUUUCAAAAUUAUGUUUUCUAACAGAGUCUGGACGUCUCGGCGCCAGUGACCUGUCCCACGGAAAUUCGCAGAGUGCUCACUGUUGUCUUGUCAGCUUCCUGUCCCACAAGGGACGAUCCUCUGCUUUAUUGCCAGACUACAAUACGCUGCCCAUUGUAGCGGCGAAUUCUCGGAGCUACUCUGUCUACCUGAAAGAGAAUGCUUCCCGACCGGUGCCAACCAACGUGCCUGCACAAUGAGAUUACUGCAGUCGUUUAAAUCGACACCCUAUUCCUAUGAAUGCAGGUAAAGCUUACCGUUAUUUCUUCCCGAAAGCACGCAAGCAAUAGUAUUAACUACUGCCCACCUUUUGAUCAUGAUGUAUGAAGUCAAAUCGUAAUGAAUAUCAUCUUCCCUAAGAACAAGAAACAGCAAAACUGCGAAUUAAAAGUAAGAGUGCCCAGCAAUCUCUCACAGUUGUGAAUUAUGUGUGCAUGUGGACUUUCCGUAAUUUGUACAGCUUAGAGUAAGGCUUGGUAGCAACUGGUGUAUGCAAAGGUUUCCAUAAUAAAGUGAAAUUUUACU